AUGGCGUUCCGGGGCCUCGCGGAGUACGCCGACGGCCAGCCGUUCGAGCCCAAGGUGAACUACAUCUACGGCCGAGGCGUCCGUGCCGGCUUUGUCCCCGUCUCCCCAACCAAAGUCUACUGGUUCAUCUGCUUCAACAGGCCAGAUCCAGGGCCGAAGAUCACCGACCCCGCGGCGCUCAAGAGCGAGGAGCUGGAGCUCGUCCGCGGCUGGCCAUCGGACCUCCUGGCGGUGAUGCGCAGCACGCCCGAGGGCACCGUGUGGGACAACGCGGCGGUGUGCGCGGCCCGCGACGGCGUGGUCAUCCCGAGGCUCGUCAGGCUGGGGCCGUUCCUGGAGCACACCAACUUCGAGUGCGACCUGCUCGAGCCGGCGCUGCAGUCGCCAUGA